AAACACAGUGCGUGAACAGUCUCACUUGGGAUUCCUAUUGGAAUAGCUGUUUUUUAUAUACUCAAUUACAUUCUCAUCAGAUUAUAUCGAACGUUAUCUUAUCAUUUCUUAACGGUAGUUUUUCAUCCGUAAACGUUCGUCUGUAAGAACAAAAAAAAAACCGGCAUGAUUUCCGCCCGGGCCUUGCACUAUGUCUUCAAAAUCGGAAACCGUGCUAAAAAUGCACACUUUUUCCGUGAAAUUCUUGGAAUGAAGGUGUUGCGGCACGAGGAAUUUACCCAGGGCUGUGACGCCGCUUGCAAUGGCCCCUACGACAACCGAUGGAGUAAAACCAUGAUCGGCUACGGCCCGGAAUCCGACCACUUUGUAAUCGAGCUGACCUACAACUACGGUGUCAAGGAGUACACCCUGGGAAACGAUUUCGGUGGCAUCACUAUCCAGUCGACUGAAGUGAUCGAACGAGCGACGAAGCAGAACUAUCCGAUGGUAAAGGAAGAUGAACAUUUUCUGCUGGUAUCUCCCGAUGGGUACAAAUUUUUCGUCAUCAACGAAAACGUCGGAUCGGGUCAAGGUGCGGAUCCGGUGCAAAAAGUUACGCUGAACUGUACCGAUUUGGAGCGAUCCAUUCAAUACUGGCACGGGGAAUUGCAAAUGAAGCAGCUUGUCAAAAAUGAACGUUCGGUGCAGUUGGCUUAUCAGGAGAACGGGUUUGUGUUGGAAUUAAAGAGAAUACAAGCUCCGCUGGAUCGUGCUAAGGCUUACGGCAGAAUUGCCUUCGCCGUUCCACUAGAUUUGCAACCGAUAAUUGACGAAACGAUUAAAAAAUCGAAAAAUACGAUUUUAACGCCACUAAUCUCUUUGGAUACUCCCGGAAAGGCUACCGUUCGUGUUAUUAUUUUGGCCGAUCCGGACGGGCAUGAAAUUUGCUUCGUGGAUGAAGAGGGAUUUACCGAGCUGUCCCAGGUUGAUCCGGCCAGCGACGGUCAGUUGGACAAGUACAUCAAAAAAGACCCAUUCCAAGAGUAAUAAAAGUUAAUUUGUUUUAAUACCUGUUAAAUUAAACUGUGCUUAGUCUCAGUC